CUCACCACCACCAGCCGCCGCCGCCACCGCUCCUCCUCCAUUUCCAUCUCCGUCAGCUCCAAGGAAGCCAUGUCCGGCCGCGGCAAGGGCGGGAAGGGGCUGGGCAAGGGCGGCGCCAAGCGCCACCGGAAGGUGCUACGGGACAACAUCCAGGGCAUCACCAAGCCGGCCAUCCGGCGGCUGGCGCGGCGGGGCGGCGUGAAGCGCAUAUCGGGGCUCAUCUACGAGGAGACCCGCGGUGUGCUCAAGAUCUUCCUCGAGAACGUCAUCCGGGACGCCGUCACCUACACUGAGCACGCCCGCCGCAAGACCGUCACCGCCAUGGACGUCGUCUACGCCCUCAAGCGCCAGGGACGCACGCUCUACGGAUUCGGCGGCUGAAUUGCGCUCGUCUGCUCCAUCGAGUCGACUCUGCUGGAUGCUGCUGUUCCUCUGCUAUGGUUUCGUUUCUGGGUGCGUGCGUUGUUGUUCCGUCGGUCUGUGUAGUUAGUGGAAGGCGAUGAAUCUGAAUGCAAUGAAAAUGGUUGGUUCUUGUGGUAUUAUCUUGGCUGCAUCUCUCGAUAUGUAUCCGUCGGAAUCUGCCCACCGCCAAAUUGCCACUGCAUUCUAAUUUUCAGUUGAUGAAUUUGUUGUUUGUU